UUCGGCACGUUGAAGCGUUCGGCUAUUCUCGGUCGGCGGUCCGUGUUAGCGAAAGCAAAACCAGAUGUUAUCUCAGAUAACCACCAAUAUCGCACCAGCUACCAAACCGGGUGGAACGCGUGCGGUCAAUUCCGGACGAGACUUGGUUCCAGUCAGUCGUGUGCAACGGUCCCAGCGGAGAGCCUUCAAGUGAGCGAGAGCGAGCGCACAUUGCAUUGCAUCAAAAUCGGAUCGGAUCCGAAGCCCAGAAACCAUCCUGCUCCUGUGUGUGCGUGCCGGGUUUGGUUAUUUCGGAAGUGCGGGACACGUUUCAGUCCGCAGUCGAUUCCUACGAAGACCGUAGAGAUUGAACGACCGGGAUCCGUGCAAGUUGAUUAUAAAUUUAGUCGGCGACCAGGUCUUGGCCGGGCAGGUUGCUCCAAUGCCUCGCCGUCAUCGUUGACCAAUUUCGACUGAAUUAGAUAGAAGUGAAACAAGGUUCUAGAGAGUUGGCACUGUUGCCCGUAGUUGACCGUAGACUGUGUACCGAGCCCUGCCCAGGACAUCUGCUGCACAUUUCGGCAGCCAAGUGUUGCACACAAUUCGCGGGGUCGCAGUUGGCAGCAAGUGAGUUGACCGAGCGGCAGAAGUUUGUUCAGCUGAGGUCGAGUACAAAUCGUGGUAAAGCUCCUUGAGCUGGAUCCGACAUGUGACUGAAAGUGUAUCUCGGUGAAGUGGCAUUUCAGUUUGCGAUAGUGUCUACGAGAGUGAGGCGCGUGCAAGGAAGAACAAAAAAAAAUAGUGUCAGAAUAGAGCUGCCUAGGAACAACUGUUUCCAUGCACAAUGACGACGACGACGACGACGACGACUACGAAGAGGACGAUAUUAAUCCCAGACAUGAGCGUUUAUCGCUGGGACCGAAAAUUUAUGGCCCAUUGCAAACCUCCCUGAGAGUGUUGGCUCCCACAGAACAGCCCGACCAGCUGAAGUAAAAAAGUGAAGAGUUCGUUCGUACACAUGUGUAAUGUGGAGCGCGCUUCAACAUAUUCGGGAGGAAUUGACAAAUGACGGUCCACAAGUGAGUUCCGUACUUCUUCAUUUCCACAAUGAACGCUAGUCAUAGUGUUGAUUUACUUUGCAGUCUCGUAAGAGCCAGAAGGACCCGCAAACGAUUCGAAUAAGAGAGUGGAAAAAAUCUGAUCACUUAAUUUGACCAUCGUAAGCAUACGAGUCACGUGCGCGGUUGUGCGAAAGUGAGUUCCGAAAGAAAAGGUCGUUUGCGAAGCAAUUUCCACCCGCUGAAGGAAACAGAGGGAAAAAAUCCUGGGCCCCAUAAUUGCCAAAUCACACAAGAAAGUUUGGUGAAUCAAUCGAUGACCGAUCUAGAUGCGGGACAGGUACGCCGAGUGCUGCAUGAAGCUCUGGACUUGUGGGCCCAAAACGCGAAUUUAACAUUCCGCGAGGUGUACAGCAGCGAAGCGGAUAUCCAAGUCCUGUUCGCACGGCAAUUUCACGGCGAUGGAUACAAAUUUGAUGGCCCGGGAAAAAUUCUGGCCCAUGCCUUCUAUCCUGGCACUGGCAUUGGAGGUGACGCUCAUUUUGAUGAAGAAGAAACUUGGCUGCUGAAUGAGCCUCUUGGAACGGAAGGUACCCGUUUGUUUGACGUAGCUGUUCAUGAAUUUGGUCAUUCGCUGGGUUUGGGCCACUCAUCAGUCAAAGAAGCUAUUAUGUUUCCUUGGCAUCACAUAUCUUAUCGUGGAAAAGACACCAUUCCUGAGGACGAUCGUCUAGGUAUUCAGGGCAUUUACGGCCCUAAGAAGAAAACAUAUGGACGCAAUCCAGAACGUCAUACUCCAACCACCACGACCACCACAACUACGACGACUCUAGCACCGCCCAGGCGACCUUCAACUCGUACAUACUAUCCCCGUAAAGACCACAACGGUCAUCCAUGGGAGGGUCUCGAUCCCAACUAUCCAAACUACCCGAGAAGGACUACCACUACCUCAACCACUACAGAAAUCCCGCGACGUCGUGUCUACUUUGCGGAUAAGCCCCGAGGCGUCGGAACCACAUAUCCUACUCGUCGGACAUACCAAGAGCAGCCCUAUCCACGGGAGCCGGACACGGAACGUCCCACGCACAUUCCUACUCCAACCAAGGUACACCAUCAUCACCAUCACCACCACCAUCAUCGGACGCAACGGCCCGUCACGAGACCGCCACUACCACGCAUUCCUAAUCCAUGCGACACCAACUACGAUGCUAUUACCAUCAUCCGGAACGAGCUGUUCAUCUUCAAGGAUCGCUACCUGUGGCGACUCUUCGAAGGCGACUCGCAGAAUCGACCCCCAGUCGAGAUCGAUCGGAUGUUCUUCGGACUACCGAAGGACUUCGAACGGAUCGACACCGUUUACGAAAACAAACAUCAGAAGAUUGUGUUCUUUAUUGGAAAGCAAUACUACGUUUUCAACUCGCAACAUUUGGAACCUGGCUAUCCGAAGCCACUGACUCAUCUAGGACUGCCGGAAAGUAUCGAACGAGUAGAUGCCGCUCUGGUGUGGAGCUACAACAAUCGAACGUAUUUGUAUAGUGGGCGGCUUUAUUGGAGAUUCGACGAAGACGCCAACCAUGUCGAGCUGGACUACCCCCGAGAUAUGUCGAUGUGGAGCGGCAUCGGCUACAAUAUCGAUUCCGCCUUCCAGAACCGCGACGGCAGGACGUAUUUCUUCAAGGGCAAAGGCUACUGGCGUUUCAACGAUCUUCGAAUGAGCGUUGACCACAGGGACCCUCAUCCGUCGGCAGAGCGGUGGAUGAAGUGUCAACGGUUACCGAUGGUCGAUAUCACCACGGAAGACCAGGAGGAGGUCGUCGUUACCAGUGCUGGCCCUGGCAGCAGGCGAACCUUCGAAAGUGUGCUUCUGUUAGGUCUAGGGCUGAUAGUUAGCGUAAAACUGAAAUUUACAUUUUUUAGGGUUUAUUAGAAUACGCCAGAUGGUCAUCUAAUACUAGUUAAAGUUUAGCACCUAAAUUAAAAUUUUCACCGAUCGGGUUCAGCCUUUUCGCAUAAAAUCACGACACUGCCAGAAAAAGUAUUGUCUUUUUUAUGUUUGGUUCUGUAAACAAAUUUAACAUGAGCAUUGUGCAAUAUAGCUUAUAGUUUGAUCAAAUUACGUAGAAUGCUUUAGAAACCCUAGGAAGAAAAUUUUGAUUAGGAAGAAUUCCUAUUGGCGUAUAGAACCGUCUCUAUUCCAAUUAAGUUAGCAAUAUUAUUUACUUAUCAGAAACAUUGUCAAAGGAUCCUUUACCACAAAGCUCUCAGUAACGAUGUGCUUAGUAAACACUCCAAAGCGGACGUAGAAUUCUUUGUCUUAACAUUAAGUUAGUGAUUCUGUUAAAUUUUAUACACUACACUUUGUAAAAACAUAUGGCGUGAAUUUAUAAUCAAUUAGCCCUUGAUGACCAAAACAUUGAUCGUUGUCGCAUUUGUGAUAAAAGCCACGAAGUAGUUCUUUUAGUAAGCGACACCGCCUUAAAUCUCUUUUUUUAAUAAUGUGCACAGGUAAUUUAGAUAAUAAAUAGAAAAGGCAAAUAGAAUGUGUGGCUUCGGGACUGAAAUUUUGAAUGGCGUACAUCACCUAUAUCUACGAAUCAUUGACCAGCAAAGUGCGGAGCAAUGCAGAAGAAGCAACCUUAGGAUAUGUGAACUGGAAUUUAAGUUAUGAAAUGGAAACGCUUCUACAUUAGGGUUUAAUUAGUUUUGUUCAUAAUCUCAAUUCUAUUGUCAUCUAUGGUAUCCGGGAACUACAAGUCUAUCGGCCCAAAUCAAGAGUAUGCAAAACAAUGACUUAUACGAUGAUACAGUUUAAGUUCAGUAGAAUGACCAUGGAACGAGUAUGUAAAGCAUAGAUAAAUUAAAAUAAAUAAAUGAAAAAUAAA